CUCUCUCGCGCGCGCCCCGCAAAACUCGGCACGGAUCUCACGGUAACUUUGUCCUCCCAAGUAUCCCUUGGCCCUGCUCCCGCAUCUCCCUCUUCUCGACGCCGAUUAUGCGCCCGCGGCUUUGGUGCAGUGUCUACCUCGUCCUCCUCGCGACGGCGGGACCCACGCACUCCGGGAGACCAGUCAGGGCCCUGGCCUUCCGCAAAGGCAGCACCUUUUUCUAUCGGCUGAACUACAAGAUAAACUCUCUGCCUUACACGACAAUUUUCGCGCAAGCAGCGGGCUUCAAGGCGGUAUGGGAACUGCCGACUACCGGUGGGCCUCGGAACGUCCGCUCCGUUCCAGACAUCCACAAAUGCGCCGAGCUCGUGUACGAAAGUCAUGGUUUCGAUGGCCGCUCUUGCUUGCUGAAGAACAUCUGUCAGGGAUUAGAAUACGCAAAGCGGAAGGACGGCGUUAUAGCGAAAAUAUUGAAGCUAGUCGCGGGGUUAUAUACUAAUAAUGGUACUUGGCACGAAGAUCCGCUGUUCUGUGAGCAUCAUACCACGAAUUGCCCUCUGCAAUUAGUCGGGUUUAAUAGUUUUACGGAGCGCUAGCACCGAAGUAUCCUAGAGGGCUAAUUACCGAGUAAUUAUUUGAGACGAGACGCGCACGAAGCGCAGUAACA